CAAACCGAGUAGAACGCUGUGCGGCUCGUUCCAUAAUUGCCGCUAUCACGUGUGUUUUGUUGUUGUUGUUAUUGAAAUAAAGCUUGUUUUGGACAUUUUUCAAUUCAAUUCAAAUCAUAAUGAAUGAUAAACAAAAUAAUAAAGAUUUAAUCGAACGACAUAAUCGCCAUGAUUUAGUAACCCGCGAAGAAUGUGAAGAAAUUCUGGAGAAGAUAUUAAAAGAACAGGGAAUUGCUGGUGGUCAACUGAAGGAAUGUGAAAUUGUUCCAGAGCUGAGUACAAUUGGAUAUUUGGGCGAAUAUUUCCAUUUACAUUUGAGAUAUCAAAAGGCGGAGGAAAAUGAACUAAGUCAUAUAAGGCUGUUUGUUAAGACGAAACCCUAUCAAAAUCCCGAUAUGUCGGAUUUCAUUGAACGUUCCGGCAUGCUAACGAAGGAGGCUACAUUAUAUCAGAAAUUACUAAAUGAACUUAAGAAACUGACUCCCAACAUUUGGUGUGCCCAGUGUUAUCUAGUCAAACCGGAUCUCUUUGUGAUGCAAAACAUCUUGGACUUGGGCUAUAAGCCCAUGAAGGAUUCCUCCGUAUUUCUAAAUAAACCACAAAUUUGCUCCAUACUCAAAGGCCUGGCCAGCAUGCAUGCCUGUAGUGUGGGUUAUGAGAAAAAGAAUCAAAUCAAAAUUGGCGAUCAGCUCAAGGAUGUGCUGUAUGAGGUUACCGUUAAUCCCAAGGUUGUGUGGUAUACGGCGGGUAUUAAGGCCGUAUUGGCUGUGGCCCUCAAACAUCCAAACUACCAAUCGGAGCCACUGCAGGAGUUCAUUAAAUCGCGUUUGCCCUCAAUAUUGGACACCGUCUAUGACAUGGUGAAUCCUUCGACCAAAUAUAACAAUGUCUUCUGUCAUCGUGAUGUCUGGGGUGGUAAUGUGUUCUUUGCCAAGGAUGAACCCUAUUCGAAGGGUGCAGCAUUUGUCGACUUCCAGUUGUGUCGUUAUUCCCCAGCUGCCAUUGAUGUACUUAUGACGCUGUAUAUGAGCAUUAAACCAUCGGAUCGUAAACAAAUUGAGAAGGAAUGUCAUGAAAUAUAUUAUCAACAAUUUAAGGAGGAGUUAUCUCGAAUGUCCCUGAAUGCCGAGGAUUUUAUGACCUACGGAGAAUUUGAAAACUCUCUCAAGGAUUUGGCCUUAUUUGGUGCUCUAUAUAAUUGCAUAGCGGCAACGAUAUUGAGAGUUCCAGGAGAUUAUUUGCGUGACAUGAAAUUAAAUCGUCCCGAUGACUUCCAUCGUUAUACAAAUGUUGAUCGAACGGAUGAGGUAUUGGAGCUGGUGAAAAUUGAUGUAAAUUUCCGGGAUUAUAUGUUGGAAUGUAUUGACGAUAUGAUGGAAUUGGUUUUGCGGGACUAUUUUUAUAAAGAAUAAAGUAUUGUGAUUUUAAAAACAA